CGCUAUAAGCAAACGACGUUUCGACCGUUCCAAGGUCGUUUUCAAGUUUGGUAGAAAAACAAAAUUACAUUCAUAAAUAUAUGGUUAAAACGCUAAAAUAUGUGUAUGGAACAAUGGGCGAUAAAAAGUUAAAUAAAGUGAUGUCGCCUAUUAUUGCCGGCACUUGCACAAGCGUAUAGAAGAACACAAAGGGUCAGCAAUUGGACGUUCACCUCAAAGUACAAGACGGAAAGAGUCCAGAGGACGUGACAAAAAAAAAAUUUGAAAUUCUCAAGAAGUUCCAAAGCAAGCUUGACUGUCUGAGUUUUGAAAGGCUUUUUAUUAGAAUUUUAACGCCGAAACUCAACAAACAAUGUGACCGCGCGCUCCGCGCGAAAGUAUUUGCUAAGUAAUUUUAUUCUUCUACCGAACUUGAAAACGACCUUCGAACGGUCGAAACGUCGUUUGCUUAUAGCGUUAAUUUUUAAAAAAACAACAGUAAUAAUAAUAAAAAUACUCUGUGGAGCCACGGAUUAUUCUGUUGCAUGGCAGUUGUAAUUAGUAAACAGCGUCAAGAACAAGAGCAGACUGAUCAUUUGCAGAUGAUUGAUUCAGUAGUGUUGCAACUCCUGUGAGUCAAGUGCAUGGCAAAAAAAAAUUAAUAAAAUAAAUACUAAUAUAAUAAUAAUGAUAAUAAUAAUAAUAAAAAAUAAUAAUAAUAAUAAUAAUAAUAAUAAUAAUAAUAAUAAUAAUAAUAAAUUAAGUUCUCGGUCCACAACCAUGCGCUCACGCUCUUUUGUUGUAAUUGUAGCGUUUGUAUUAGUAAGCUCCUGAUUUCAAGACCUUUUCUGUUGCGUGCGUGUUCCAAGCCAAAAAAAGAGGAAUUUUUACGCUUCCAUGCGAACAUAAAAUUAACGAAAAGUAAAAAGGUGGAUCUUGAACGUGUACAUGUACCACACAAUUCUCGAGUGUGUUUUGAUCAAGAGUUUUGCAUGUCAAGAUAUGGUAAUUUCGACCUCAUAAGUUAAAAUAAAUGGCGUUUCUUCAUAAGUUAACUUAUGCCCCCACGCAUAGAAGCUGGGUUCACGUGAGAUAUUAGAUCCAUGAUCUCAGAGCAAGGCAAUUUAGUGAGCAAUUAACUUGAUUGACAAUUUCCAAGCGAUGUGAAAUUUGAAACAGAUAAUGAAUCCCUCUGUUUGGCGCGUAGUCGUUUAUUAAAUUCGAACAUUAACAUUAUUGAAAUAGAACGAAGCGUUUUUGUAUAUAUUGAAAAUAUACAUUCAGAAUGUCCGUAUUUCUUUGCUAUCAAUUACACUUUUUGUUUCAGGACUUUGCGUUUAUUUUCAAACUAAAAAUACAAAACCUAUGAGGUUACUAACAACCAAAGAACUUCGUCGGGUUUGGUAUUACAUUUAUUUAAUUUAUCUCGCUUAUUUGAUCAGGAGCUCGCAGGGUGUUAUGGUGAUUUUCUUUUUCAUUUGCAAACAGAAAGCAAUAAUUGCGCAAGCUUUAAUAAUUGCUGUGUAUUUAGUCGAGCAUUCCUUACAUUCAAGAAUAACGUCAACUGUCCGAAGUAAGAUGCUCUCAAUUUCGCUCUCCGGCCUACAUCUUGUGAAAACGUUUGCUGUUAUUAUUUUCUUGUCAAAUCGAUGUUUUGGGCAGGAAGUCGAUCCGGUGCCACCCAAUAACAUCGCCAUCAACGGUGCGUACAUAACGCUUAACCAGUAUGCCUCGGGAGGCCCAAAGAUUGGACGCCAUACUUGUUGGAGUUUGCUACAAUGCGCUCAUCUUUGCGCAACGAGUCCAAAAUGCUCCUCCUUUAAUUACCAAGUUUUAGCAGCUCGAAACGCAUUGUGUGAACUAAGUAAUGAGAGCAUCACUUCAAGCGAGGAACGCGACAAGCUUAAGAAGAUGCAUGGUUUUGUCUUUGUACAAAUAAUGAGAAAAGAUCUGAAGCCAAGAAGUUGCCUUGAUCACUUGUGGACAGGUGCACGAUUCUCAGGAUAUUACAGAAUUUUUGACAACGAAGGACAUUCAUUUUCAGUGUAUUGUGAUCUGACGUCCGACUCCACAGCAGCAUGGACCCUUUUUAUGUCCGAGAGAACACCAGGAUUAGGGGUAUUUAAAUCGUCGGCACUAUAUGUCGACAGGCCUACGAAUGAAGAUAAUCCAAACUGGAAUCUGUUUAGGCUAUCCCUCUCCAAGAUAAAGCAAUUGCGCUCUCGUUCAUCACAUUGGAGAGUAACCUGCAGCUUCCAAACAGAUGGGGUCGUGUAUAAAGAUUACGUCCGUGCAAAGAUUGCCGAUUUCGAUCCUAUUGAUUUUAUGGGGUUGAAUAGAUGCAAGAGGGUAGAAUACAUGAAUGUUCGAGGGCAUAGCUGUAUUGAUUGUGACGUGGCAUGGUGGCAGGACAAUAGCCAGAUGCUUCAUCAUGAUAGUUCAUCUGUAGGAUGCGGAUGGGACGCAAGUUCCGGGGCAGUGGCUUCAGAGGACAACUUUGGUUUUUAUGCUUCUACCAACCCAAACUUUCGAUGUACCAAGCUGCCGUAUUCUACAACAAACUACUGGUUUGGUUCUUACUUGAAAUGAAUUGUCGUGAAACAGGUGAUAGCAUCAAUGGACACGAGAGGCGCCGGUAAGAAAGUUUAACUGCUCAGUCAACGAGGCCAUAAUUAGCAAGGACUGGUAGUUGUUGGGAAAACAAAAAUGUCACUUUCUUCAAAUUUUUAAUCGGUCAUUUUUUUAGAUACAAAUCGCGUUAUUCUUUCAGCUCGAUCUGUUGGAUGGGCAAAACAGAUUGAAAACUUGAGUUAUAUAUUUGAGAUCCAUGUAUUUCAUUUGGAAGGAGAGGCAUGCAGAAAAACUCUGUACGCAGGAGAUUAUCUGAAAUAAAUUCAGUUUUACUUUUUUUCGCAAAUAAACUCUGUUUCUAACUUGCCCGACAAAAGACCUAAUAUAUGUACCUAAAAUUUGCCAAACUUUGCAAAUUUACCUGAAUUUUAUCUGUGAACAAUUUGGUAUGACAAUUCAUUGUACUCGAAAAUUACGUUUACAUUUCCCACUGAUGUUGUCGCAUCUUGUGGACGUUUUGGUAUUAUUUUAUUGAUUUUUGAGUCAUUUCUGUAGUUUUCUGAAUUUUAGGAAGCUCAACAAAUCACUAGUCGAAGAUGACAAAUCCAAGACGCGACAUAACGUCAUGAUUUGAUGUCGCCUCCUUUUCAAAUGAAACAUUCAAAUGAACAUUUAGCCUUACAGUUCGAGUAGACCAAGUUGCUAUAUAGAUAUAACGAAUGCUCAAAGGAAUUUACUUUUCCCCGAGAUUCGCUCAUAUAUGAUAAAUAAAUAGAGCAUAUACUUAAUUCAUGUUUCACAAUAAAACAGAUCUUAUUCGCGCUAUUACACUAAGAUGCAUCGGCCUAGUAUGAACACAGUUUCACGGUAUUGAUGAUUUAAGUUGGACUUGAAACUCCUAAUAUUCGAAUUGUCAGGUAACAUUAACUCAUUUGUAAGCUAUAUCUGGUUUAGUAAUUAAACAAGAGAAGCAAUCUCGUUCCCCAUUUCACUAACAGGUGAUGGGAACAUAGCUGUAAGCAGAGGUCUCCCUAAGUCACAUAUAUAGUUUUACUGUCUUCUUAAUUACUGCAUUCAUAAAGCAUUACCUACCCAGUGAGUGCCAGUUGUAUUCGUACCAUCGAUUAAUUGUACCUAUUUCCACAAUAUUGCUAAUCCCUCUAAGAUGAGGUACAUACCUGGUCACAAACAAAACCAUCAGUACAAAGGUGGUUCACAGGCUAAUUAAAUUUUAUUAAAACCUACAAUUUAAGAGUUUUCAUUGGCUUAGCCUUCAUGGUAUACGAGCCAUUAUACCAUCAUUUACAAAUAGGGUAGGCGUAUACGUAAUUUUUGGGGCGUUUAUAUUUUUCUGUUAUUCUAGUUGACUAUAUUUUGGGGGCUUUUUCUAAUAAAACAAUUAUUCCAAUGGCACCUGUUGGAUAUUUAACAAUUAUUCCAUGAAACCGCGUUGGAUAU